GUCACUGGUGAUAGUGUCGUUGGAACCCAAGUUGAAUUAGUCACUGAUGAAAGUGUUGUCGGAGCCUGGGUUGAAUUGGUUACUGGUGAUAGUGUCGUUGGAGCCUGAGUUGAAUUGGUUACUGGUGAUAGUGUCGUUGGGGCCUGAGUUGAAUUUGUUACUGGCGAGGGCCCCGUUGGUGACUGAGUUGAAUUGGUCAUUGGUGGGUAGAAGGGUAGGAGCCUGAGUUGAACUGGUUACCGGCGAGGGUUCCGUUGGUGCCUGAGUUGAAUUGGUCACUGAUGGAAGUGUCGUUGGGGCCUGAGUUGAAUUGUUUACUGGCGAGGGUCCCGUUGGUGACGGAGUUGAAUUGGUCAUUGGUGAGAGUGUCGUUGGUGCCUGAGUAUAGUUGGUUACUGGUGAUAGUGUCGUUGGAGCCUGAGUUGAAUUGGUUACUGGUGAUAGUGUCGUUGGAGCCUGAGUUGAAUUGGUUACUGGCGAGGGUCCCGUUGGUGACUGGGUUGAAUUGGUCAUUGGUGAGAGUGUCGUUGGAGCCUGAGUUGAAUUGGUCACUGGUGAUAGUGUCGUUGGAGCUUGAGUUGAAUUUGUCACUGGUGAUAGUGUCGUUGGAACCCAAGUUGAAUAAGUCACUGAUGAAAGUGUUGUUGGAGCCUGGGUUGAAUUGGUUACUGGCGAGGGUCCCGUUGGUGCCUGAGUUGAAUUGGUCAUCGGUGAGAGAGUCGUUGGAACCUGAGUUGAAUUGGUUACUGGCGAGGGUCCCGUUGGUGACUGAGUUGAAUUGGCCAUUGAUGAGAGUGUCGUUGGUGCCUGAGUUGAAUUGGUCACUGAUGAGAGUGUCGUUGGAGCCUGAGUUGAAUUGGUUACUGGCGAGGGUCCCGUUGGUAACUGAGUUGAAUUGGUCAUUGGUGAGAGUGUCGUUGGAGCCUGAGUUGAAUUGGUUACUGGCGAGGGUCUCUUUGGUGACUGGGUUGAAUUGGUCAUUGAGAGAGUGUCGUUGGAACCUGAGUUGAAUUGGUUACUGGUGAUAGUGUCGUUGGAGCUUGAGUUGAAUUUGUCACUGGUGAUAGUGUCGUUGGAACCCAAGUUGAAUUAGUCACUGAUGAAAGUGUUGUCGGAGCCUGGGUUGAAUUGGUUACUGGUGAUAGUGUCGUUGGAGCCUGAGUUGAAUUGGUUACUGGUGAUAGUGUCGUUGGGGCCUGAGUUGAAUUUGUUACUGGCGAGGGCCCCGUUGGUGACUGAGUUGAAUUGGUCAUUGGUGAGGGUAGAAGGGUAGGAGCCUGAGUUGAACUGGUUACCGGCGAGGGUUCCGUUGGUGACUGAGUUGAAUUGGUCACUGAUGGAAGUGUCGUUGGGGCCUGAGUUGAAUUGUUUACUGGCGAGGGUCCCGUUGGUGACGGAGUUGAAUUGGUCAUUGGUGAGAGUGUCGUUGGUGCCUGAGUAUAGUUGGUUACUGGUGAUAGUGUCGUUGGAGCCUGAGUUGAAUUGGUUACUGGUGAUAGUGUCGUUGGAGCCUGAGUUGAAUUGGUUACUGGCGAGGGUCCCGUUGGUGACUGGGUUGAAUUGGUCAUUGGUGAGAGUGUCGUUGGAGCCUGAGUUGAAUUGGUCACUGGUGAUAGUGUCGUUGGAGCUUGAGUUGAAUUUGUCACUGGUGAUAGUGUCGUUGGAACCCAAGUUGAAUAAGUCACUGAUGAAAGUGUUGUUGGAGCCUGGGUUGAAUUGGUUACUGGCGAGGGUCCCGUUGGUGCCUGAGUUGAAUUGGCCAUCGGUGAGAGAGUCGUUGGAACCUGAGUUGAAUUGGUUACUGGCGAGGGUCCCGUUGGUGACUGAGUUGAAUUGGCCAUUGAUGAGAGUGUCGUUGGUGCCUGAGUUGAAUUGGUCACUGAUGAGAGUGUCGUUGGAGCCUGAGUUGAAUUGGUUACUGGCGAGGGUUCCGUUGGUGACUGAGUUGAAUUGGUCAUUGGUGAGAGUGUCGUUGGAGCCUGAGUUGAAUUGGUUACUGGCGAGGGUCUCUUUGGUGACUGGGUUGAAUUGGUCAUUGGAGAGAGUGUCGUUGGAACCUGAGUUGAAUUGGUUACUGGUGAUAGUGUCGUUGGAGCUUGAGUUGAAUUUGUCACUGGUGAUAGUGUCGUUGGAACCCAAGUUGAAUUAGUCACUGAUGAAAGUGUUGUCGGAGCCUGGGUUGAAUUGGUUACUGGUGAUAGUGUCGUUGGAGCCUGAGUUGAAUUGGUUACUGGUGAUAGUGUCGUUGGGGCCUGAGUUGAAUUUGUUACUGGCGAGGGCCCCGUUGGUGACUGAGUUGAAUUGGUCAUUGGUGAGGGUAGAAGGGUAGGAGCCUGAGUUGAACUGGUUACCGGCGAGGGUUCCGUUGGUGACUGAGUUGAAUUGGUCACUGAUGGAAGUGUCGUUGGGGCCUGAGUUGAAUUGUUUACUGGCGAGGGUCCCGUUGGUGACGGAGUUGAAUUGGUCAUUGGUGAGAGUGUCGUUGGUGCCUGAGUAUAGUUGGUUACUGGUGAUAGUGUCGUUGGAGCCUGAGUUGAAUUGGUUACUGGUGAUAGUGUCGUUGGAGCCUGAGUUGAAUUGGUUACUGGCGAGGGUCCCGUUGGUGACUGAGUUGAAUUGGUCAUUGGUGAGAGUGUCGUUGGAGCCUGAGUUGAAUUGGUCACUGGUGAUAGUGUCGUUGGAGCUUGAGUUGAAUUUGUCACUGGUGAUAGUGUCGUUGGAACCCAAGUUGAAUAAGUCACUGAUGAAAGUGUUGUUGGAGCCUGGGUUGAAUUGGUUACUGGCGAGGGUCCCGUUGGUGCCUGAGUUGAAUUGGUCAUCGGUGAGAGUGUCGUUGGAGCCUGAGUUGAAUUGGUUACUGGCGAGGGUCCCGUUGGUGACUGAGUUGAAUUGGCCAUUGAUGAGAGUGUCGUUGGUGCCUGAGUUGAAUUGGUCACUGAUGAGAGUGUCGUUGGAGCCUGAGUUGAAUUGGUUACUGGCGAGGGUUCCGUUGGUGACUGAGUUGAAUUGGUCAUUGGUGAGAGUGUCGUUGGAGCCUGAGUUGAAUUGGUUACUGGCGAGGGUCUCUUUGGUGACUGGGUUGAAUUGGUCAUUGGAGAGAGUGUCGUUGGAACCUGAGUUGAAUUGGUUACUGGUGAUAGUGUCGUUGGAGCUUGAGUUGAAUUUGUCACUGGUGAUAGUGUCGUUGGAACCCAAGUUGAAUUAGUCACUGAUGAAAGUGUUGUCGGAGCCUGGGUUGAAUUGGUUACUGGUGAUAGUGUCGUUGGAGCCUGA